GGGAAACAUUUACAGUAUAAAACUGAAACAGACAUGAAAGAUGCCUUUUCAGGAAAGGAAACCCAUGCUCUUGAGCAGCACAACACACAGCCAGAUGGAUUUAAGGACAAAGCCUCUUGUAGCAUGGAACCAAAAAAGAAAGUCCUUUAUAUCUCAAAUUUGCUUCAUGAUUAACCAUUCCUCCUGGGGGAGACCAUGUUGCCUUGGAAUAAGAGAAAAUCAGUAUGGAGUUAAUGCUUGGGAAACAUGCAAAACUGUUAAGUAUAAUACAGAAGCAAAGAAUGAGUCAAGCUUCACAAAGGAGUCUCUGCCAUCACAAAACACAAAAAUGAUUUCAUCUAUACUCAUUUCACAGAUGAUUGAUGAGAAUAAAUCAGAAGAAAAUAAGACUUCUUUCCCUAUGCAGUCUGUAAUCACCCAGUGUGAUGCUUAUCACAUGAACCAAUCUAUGGCUAAUCAAAGUUCAGUCAACGUUAAUAGAGCAUUCAUAUUGCUUCCCAGAAGAUUAGGAAUUCGUAUAUCUUCAGAUGACAAUUCAUUUGGAACAGACUCCAAUACCAAAGAGGAGACACAAUGUCAUAACCAGAAGAAAGGUUUUGCUUCCAUCACAAUCACUGCUAGACGAGUCAUUCCACCUUCUCACAGUACGAUGCAGGUGAAUGUUUCCGACCCUCUUUGUUUGAAAUGCCGAGGAAGGAAGCUGCUAAUGAACACUGCUCCUGCUUCAAAUGUGACUGGGCUAGAUCAGCUCUGCAGACCUUUUCAUGCUCAAGGAUGUUGUCAAAAUCGAAAUGCCACUGAAAUAAAGGUUUCUGAACCUUGUCCACAGCUGUGCAAGGAGCAAUCUGACUGGAUUUCUAGCACUGAAAACAAAGAGAACAGAAUGAUCCCUCCAGAAAACAGCCACAACAAACAAGCACCAAUUUCCUUCACUUCGAGCAUUCAACUCAGUAUUUCCCAGCAGUGUCCAAAUACAAUAUAUUAUGUAGACAAGUCUCUCUCGGUGCCUUUUGAUCAACCUCAGGCUAAGAACCAAAAAAUUCAUAGGUCAGUAGUGUCUUUCAGUAUAAAUUGCAGUUCUCCCACUUUAACACCAGAUGGAGCGGAUGGUUUAGCUAAUGGCGAGCUAAUCACAGAAGUACUUAAGACAAAGUUCCCAGAGGAUAGCAAAACUCGACUCAGAACAAUAUGGAAUGCAGAUCUCAAGGAGAACAACCUGGAUAAAAAACAGACACUGGAAAAGGAAUCGUUAGGGACUGAAUAUCUCUGGAAUGGUACCUUUCCAUCUGAAACUCUGCCAGAUGUGGAGAGCCCUCAAGGACAUGAUAAUUUAAAGCUAACAAAGAAUAAUGAUGGAAAUUCAAGCGACCAUCACAUUACAUUGUCUCCUCACUUUUCUCACUGGACUUACAAUGAAGGCACACAAGCAUUCUCAGGAAGCAACAGAAAACAGUGCACAAGAGACAAAUACCAUGAAAAGGCAUCUGCCUCCUUUCUGGAACAAUCGUCCAAGAAAGAAUUCAUGGUAGAAGGUGGGAUUUCUUCGAAAGACAAACAUCUACCCAAUGGCACUUCAAAGUCCAAAGAGAGUCAGACCCAAAGCUUUCCAAACCCAAAAAUAUCUAUUUCUGAUUAUGGAUGUCAUAUAAAGGCUUUAUCAAAAAGGGCACUGGAUGAAAAUGAUAUUCUUGCUAAAGAUCCGUUCCCCAAAGGUGAUUACAGAUUCUGUGGCCCGGCUAUCAAGUUCAAGGAGCAUAAGAAAAGUGAGAUGAACAAGACGGUCGACAGGGUAACAACCUCCGCAGCUCAUGAGCCAGAUGUUACUCAUGAGAAACAUGAAGCCUUCCAGCAGCCAGAAGUCUGCUCUGAGCCUGAGAACAUUCCUGCAAACCCACUGACUCUCAGGGAGGCUCUGGAAGUUCACAAGCCUCAUUUUAUUUCCCGCUCACAAGAACGUCUGAAGAAACUUGAACACAUGGUACAACUGAGGAAAGCCCAGCAGGGUGAUGCUUCAGGAAAGAAACAAGGAGGUGUUCUUUCUCGCAAACUUUCCACAUCUUCCAUUACAAGUAAGAAGAAACAAUGUACAAUUCCUCAUCCUCUCAGUGAUAAUCUGUUCAAGCCAAAAGAACGGUUCAUUUCAGAGAAAGAGAUGCACAUGCGAUCAAAAAGGAUUUAUAAUAACCUGCCUGAAGUAAAGAAAAAACAAGAAGAGAAACAGAAACGAGUCAUCAUACAGAGCAAUAGGAUGCGGGUUGAAGUGUUCAAAAAGCAGUUACUGGACCAACUUCUUCAAAGAAAUACAGAAUGACUAAAGAUUCCUGGACACAUCUUUCUUCUUGGACCUUGGAUGCCUUUGAUAAUUAAAAAGCCAUAAAAGCCAUAAAAACUUCACUACAUGGAGACUUUAUUCAUUUUAACUCUAUCAACAAAGACGGUGGAUGUUAUUUUUUACAAUUCAAGCUAGGUAAUUCUGGAAAAAUCCCUGGAUUAUGGUCAUUAUCCAUGGAAAUAUAGCUUUAAAAUGGUUUUAUGCACUUGUUAUUGAGGCAACACAGCAUUUAUUUUAUACUUUUUAACUAGAAAGCCAGCUUUUUAUUCAUAAAUGCAGGUAUGUGUAUUUCCUGCCCCUGUAAAUAUGUGGUUCUCAUGCACUCCACUUAUUAAUUCCUUUUAGGUAUAAAACUGGCACUUUUGAAUGUAAGAAAAAUGAAUAUCAUUUUUUUGUUUUGGUUAGGAACUGGCUAAAAUAGCAUUACUGCCUAACAAUUUGAGCUGUAGUAUUAAAUUAAUGGUUAACAUAGCAUCAGGAUCAAUCUUUCAGUCAUGUGAAGAACCACAUCUUUUUUAUAUAGUGAAUCCAAAUAACAGGUUACCUGUUGAAAACCAAUAUUUGGAACUUAACUAAUAAUUCUGCCUAUGAAACAUGUUGUUUGGUAAACUGUAUAAUUGUGCCUGGCUUCCCUUGGUAUUAUCUAUUUACAGAAGUGACAUAUUCCUUUUUUAAAAUGGCACAAACCCACUCAGUGGUUUUGACCAAGAAAAAUGCUUGUGUAAAGAUUACAUAAUUAAAAAAUCUGUAAUGUUUCAUCCAAAAAUUCUUAAAAUGGCUUUUUGUACAUUCAGAAAUAAAGCAGUAAGCUUUGUACAAAGAAGAAAUAAAGUCUGAGAAAAAAUGUCCAAA